AUCUCGAGCCCCGCGGCUACUGAACUGGAGAUGCAAAUGAUGGACUGGUUGGCCAAAAUGCUAACACUGCCCAACCAUUUCAUGUUCAGCAACGGCGGCAAAGGAGGCGGUGUUAUAAUGGGAAGCGCUAGUGAAGCCAUCUUUACCGCUCUAUUGGGCGCCAGAAGUAAAAAAUUGGCCGAAAGUGGUAAUAAAGAGUUAAUCAAUAAAUUAGUGGCCUAUGCCUCGGAUCAGUCGCACUCCAGUGUCGAGAGGGCCGCACUGUUAGGCGCCGUUCAGAUACGACUUUUGCCGACCGAUCGAAAUCAAAAUCAUAGCCUUAGAGGCGAUGUUCUGAGGGAACAGAUGAAGAGAGACAGAGCUAAUGGUUUGAUCCCAUUCUUCGUAGUGGCAACGCUGGGCACCACUGGUAUAUUGGCAUUCGAUAACGUCACAGAAGUGGGCAAAGUUUGCUCUGAAGAGAAUGUAUGGCUACAUAUCGACGCCGCGUACGCCGGCUCCGCCUUUAUUUGCCCCGAAUUUAGGCAUCAUUUAAAUGGAAUUGAAUACGUCUCAUCAUUCAAUAUGAAUCCCCAUAAAUGGCUAUUAAUAAGCUUUGAGUGUUCAGGACUUUGGCUUAAAAACCGGGAUUAUUUUGUGGACGCGUAUAAUGUGAAUCCCGUAUAUUUGCGACAUGAGUACGAGGGACAAAUGCCCGAUUUCAGGCAUUGGGGAAUACCUCUGUCGAGACGAUUCCGUUCACUUAAAAUGUGGUUUGUUUUCAGAAGUUAUGGCAUAAAAGCGUUGCAAAAUCACGUCAGAAAACAAGUGGGUUUAGCCAAAUAUUUCCAAUCAUUGCUGCUUAAAGACAAUCGCUUUGAGUUGGCGGCACCGGUGGACAUGAGUUUGGUUUGCUUUCGACUAAAAGGAACGGAUGCUCUAAACGAGAAGUUUUUAAAACUUAUAAACGACGGCAAAGCUAUUCAUUUGACACCGACUCGAGUCGACGGACGGUUUGUCAUACGGUUUAUUGCCUGCACUCAGACUACAGAGGAUAAGGAUAUCGAGUUCGCGUGGAAUGAGAUCCAGAAACAGGCGCUCAUCGCUCUAACCCUAUAA